AUGCACUGGGUUGCCAAACGUUCAGGUAUGCAUAUCGACGCGCUACACAGCAACCUUGUCAAGAACAGAGAGCUGGUCGUGACAGAAGACCCAGAGCUGCAUUUGAUCUGGCACAAGAAAACCAUUUGGAUUAAGCCUCUCCCACUAUGGCUGCUCGAUACAGAAUUCUGGAAGAAACACCUCCCGAAAACCGGGGUAACCAACGAAAAGGGCUCAGUAGGAUGUGCUCGUCUUGAUGCCACGGGCUUCAUCCGUUCAUAUACCCGUCUCAUCCGCUAUGAGAGCGACUUCCUGUUAGCCCAAGAAAAGAACAUGAUUUCAAAGGACCGAAUAUCUUUUGCUGACUUCCAACGGCUUACCAUGCCUUUUCGAGACAAAGGAGACGAUGAGGUAUCCCAACGCUACCACUACGGCCAGAUUCGCCUCUCACGGCUUAACUGGGCUAUCCGAUUAUUCCAGCCCUCUAGUCGCCGCUAUCAUGGCAUUCUCGGCCGCAUUUACUACCAGCAGCUGUACUGGGACACGAGUGCUUUUGUUCAGGCCUCAAUCGCUCCCUUCGUCUUCAUCUUUGGUACCCUUUCGGUCACGUUAUCUGCUAUGCAGGUUGCACUGGCCGUUGAGGCCAACACGCAAAAUGAAUGGGAUGGAUUUUCAUGGACAAGCUGGGUCUUUAGCAUUGCCGUCUUGGUUGUCGUCACCAUCCUCGUGGUAGUCUUGGCGCUUAUAGCGGUGACCGUAUUACUUGCUCAGUUGAGGUGGGGUCGGCGGCAUAGUAAACUGGGUACAACUAAAGCAAUGGCUUAA